AUGCUACAUCAUCAGAGAAUGGCAAUUAUACUGUCUAGAACUCAAGAUCUUUCGCUUACAAGAUCUAUUGAAAACCAUUACAAUCGGUUUUUAAUCAGAUUUCGACCGUUUUUUUUUCUACAUGAUAAGAAGUUUCAUUAUACCAUGUCAGCUAAGAACCAUAAUUCGCAGUUGGACAUUGACAGUCUUCUUGAACGUCUACUCAAAGGUCGUCAAUAUUAUUCAUCAUGCCGUCCUGUUCCGAUGUUGGAAGAGGAAAUACAUUUUUUAUGCGACGCAUCGAAAGAUAUCUUUCUCAAUCAACCGAUGCUUCUUGAACUUGAGGCACCUAUUAAAAUAUGUGGUAAUCUUUUCGGUCAGUACACUAACUUACUUCGUCAUUUCGAACUUAAUGGAUUUCCACCGACAACACAAUAUUUGUUUCUUGGUAACUAUAUUAAUCGAGGGCGACAGUCUUUGGAAACAAUCUGUCUUCUACUCUCAUACAAAUUAAAAUAUCCGAAGAAUAUUUUCUUAUUACGCGGUAAUCAUGAGUGCCGAUCGAUGAACCGUAUUUAUGGAUUUUACGAUGAAUGCAAACAUCGGUAUAAUAUCGAAUUGUGGAAAUCAUUCAAUGACUGUUUUAAUUGUCUUCCGGUGGCUGCUAUUAUCUCGGGCAAAAUCUUCUGUUGUUCAGGAGGUCCUUCACCUGAGCUUCACAGCUUAGAACAAAUUCGAGAAAUCCAGCGGCCAACAGAUGUACCCGAAGCCGGUCUUCUUUGUGAUUUACUAUGGGCUGAACCGGAUGAGAAUGUGAAAGGCUGGAGCGAGAGCAAUGCUGGUAUUUCGUUCAGUUUCGGUGUGAAUAUAGUGCAUGAAUUCUUAAAUCGACAUAGUAUGGAUUUAAUUUGUCGAGGACGUAAAUUCCUCUCAAAUGGUUACGAGUUCUUCGCUGAUCGUCGAUUGGUCACUAUUUUUUCCGCUCCAGAUUAUUUGGGUGAAUUCGAUAUUACAGUUCCCAUCUUGUCAAUUGACGAAAAUUUGAAAUGCUCAUUUAUAUUUCUUUAUCCGAAUGACAGUCAAUCCAAAAAGCAAGUUAAUGAGAAUGAGACUUUCCAUGUAGAACUUGAUCAUGGCAGAUUAGCCAAAAUAUCAUUAGCUCAAAUGGGUGAUGAUGAAAAAUGUGUUCAUUGGGGUGAUAUAGACCAUGAUGUAUCGAUUAAAGAAUAA